CCGUCUUCGUCUCGCUUCACUUCUCUUCGCUGCAGCCGAAGCUGAGCUGGACCUGAACUUUACUCUCAAACGUUUCUGAGCUUUUAUUUUUGCCCGUUUCUCCUUCGCAAACAUGGCGCAGAUCAACACCUGCCUCAAACUGACCUUCAUCAUCUUCAACCUCCUGUUUGCGAUCAUCGGUGGCAUCAUCAUCGGCCUCGCUCUGAUGUCUCAGGUCAUGACCAACGCCAACGGAGGAGAGGAGAUGGAGGGUCGGACCACCGGCCUCAUCGUCCUCUACAUCAUGGGCUUCUUCACCAUGGUGAUCGCCAGCCUGGGCGCCUACGGGGCCUACAAGGAGAGCCGAGUCUGCCUCAUCGUGUUCCUGGUCUGCAUGGUGGUCGGGAGCCUGUUGAUGCUCAGAGCUGGAUUCUCUGCCGCCAUCACUCACUCUCAGAUUGUGCCGACGCUGGAGUCCAAGUUCCACGACCUUGUUCCUCUCGACAACAACGGAGAAAACCUGAAGCACAUGAUGGAGCUUCUGCAGGAGAAGGCUCAGUGCUGUGGUCUGUUCAGCUACAGUGACUGGAAAACUAUCCCCAAGUCCUGCAACUGUGAGUCCGAGGACCAGAGUCAGUGCACUUCACCGAGGUACGACGGCAGAUACAUCUACAAGCAGCCCUGCUUCCCCAUCAUCGUGCACUACAUGCUGAUGUUCUCCAACAUCGGACUCGGGGUCGUCUUCACCAUGGCUGCUCUGGGGCUGCUCGGUAUGGUCCUGUCCUCCAUCAUGAUCCACCAGCUCCGCUACAGAACCAGUCCCACCGUCAUGCUCAGCGUUCCCACCAUCUUCACCGCGUCGCCACCAAAAUACCAGGAGCUGCAGAACCCGCCGCCGUACUAGAGGAACCCACAGCGCCCCCUUCCUGCUGCCGCUGUCGUAGCUUCACGUUUGCUUGAUGUGUUCGGCUUAAAGUGCCUUAAGUCGCUGUGGAAAUGUGUUUAUGAGGAGUUUACACACCACUGGGUUUGUUUGUCUGCGAUUCUCUGACGUUUCUAAAGUUUGUUUUUUCUUAGGUGAGACGAAAGCUUUGAGAUUUUACUGUUACAAAACAUUUUACAGGACGAAGAAGCUGAAGUCGAGACUGCAAAUUAUGAUUUAGAAGGAAGCUUUUAAUCUCGAAACUCAGAUUGUUUCCUGAGAACUGUGGCUCGUCUGAUUCUUUCCAGCGUUUUUAUUUCACGAAUGAACCGAGCAUCUGUUUUUCUUCUGAUCGUUGGCGUCUUGACUUCAGUUUCUUUUUGUUUGAUGCAAAACGAAGCACUUUAAAAAAAAUAAAAAAUAACCAUAACUGAUGCACAUUGCCAAAAAUCUCAAAGCUUAGAAUUUAAUUAAUGUCCUUUAUCAGCAGCUUUUAAGAAGACGCCACUCUUGCCUCCUUUAAUCUAUUUUUAUAUUCCACGUAUAAAGGUUUCACUGAAGGUUUAAGCCGUUCCUUUUUUUGAUAAACGGUUAAAGGAAACUCACUGAAUGUAGGAGAAAAGAAAAGCCACAUUCCUUUCCUGGUCUUUUAUUCUGUAAAGGGAACUUUGUUUGUUUCUGUUUGUUUUUAAAUGUACUGUUAUUGAAAACAUUUGAAAAAGGGAAAGUGUUUGAAUCUUGUGCCUCAAACCAAAGGGAUGUGAAAAAAAAAUUAAAACGAAAGUAAAAUGUG